ACCCAUAGGAGCACAUGAAACAGGUGAAGCUUAUCGCCUCUCGUAUUAGUCACGCAGGCAGUCGGCUGCUGGAAAAACUCUGGAGCCUCCGGAGAGUUGAAGAAGGCUUCAAGACUGUGACUGACUUCAUGAGCGCGUGUUAAACCACAGGGAAUCCGAUUCAAAACAAAGGACCUGUUUACACCCAAUUAAGGAGGGAUUCACAGCUCUACAUCAUUUGUGAAAAGAGGAGAGGACUUGUUUUGAAGCCAUGGCCAGCAUGGGGCUGCAGCUGCUGGGGUUCUUCCUGGGCCUGCUGGGGCUGUUGGGCACCGUGGUGGCCACGCUGGUGCCCCAGUGGCGUCGCACGGCUUACGUGGGCUCCAAUAUCAUCACUGCCACAUCUUACAUGAAGGGCCUGUGGAUGGACUGUGUUUGGCACAGCACAGGCAUUUAUCAGUGUGAGGGACACCGCUCGCUGCUAGCCCUGCCCCGGACCCUCCAGGCUGCGCGCGCACUCAUGGUCCUCUCCUGCGUCACCUCUGUCCUGGCCAUAGCACUGUCCACCAUGGGCAUGAAGUGCACUCGCUGCGCCCAGGGAGGCACCAACAAAAACUCCCUGGCCAGGUGUGGUGGAGUGGGCUUCCUGUUCGCGGGACUCUGCUGCCUCGUGACGGUGUCCUGGACCACGCAUGACGCCAUCCAAGACUUCUUCAGCUCCCUGUUACUCGUUGAUAUGAAGUAUGAGAUAGGAUGGUCUGUCUACAUUGGGUACGUGUCAGGCAUCCUCAGUGUGAUUGGUGGAGUGAUACUAUGCUCAACCUGUGGUGACUCCCGCCUGCCCAGCCAUGCCACAGCACUCAAUGCUCUGCCCCAGACAGCCCCAACUUACCAGCCCCAUGCUGUCUCCAAGAGCAAUCACACCCCCUCCCCCACUUCUGCUUCCAGUAGUGGCUACAGACUCAGUGACUAUGUUUGAGUAAUGAUUGUAUUGAGGCAAACAAUGGCAUAUUAUGAGAAGUAUGAGGUUUUCAGAAUAUUUUCAGCUCCUAACUUCAAAGUACUUGAAAUGUGUGUUUUUUUUUCGUUCUGGGAUUUAAGUGUGUAACAUCUCAAAAAUCUCACAAACUUAAAUUAUGUGGAUAAAAGACAUGGUUUGCAGAUUUCUUUAGUGAACUUUAAGAUGUUCUUUUUUGACUGCUGAUAGAUUCUAGACAAAGAGAGCUACGUUUAGGUGAAUGGAAGUCA